ACGGCGGCGGCGGCGGCGGCGGCGGCGGUGGCUUCGGUGACGGCAGCGACAGCGGCGAGAGCAGCUGCUGGGUCCGGAGCGGAAGCGAGAAGCGGCGGCGGCGGCGGCCAUGGCGGCAGACGGAGAGCGGUCCCCGCUGCUCUCCGACCCCGUGGACGGUGGCGCUGGCGGCAGUGGAUUAGUAGGGCCGGGCGGGAGCGGGGCUGGGCCCGGGGGAGGCCUGACCCCUUCCGCGCCACCUUACGGAGCCGGUAAACAUGCCCCGCCCCAGGCUUUCCCCCCCUUUCCCGAGGGGCACCCAGCUGUGCUGCCUGGGGAGGACCCACCCCCCUACUCGCCCCUGACCAGCCCAGAUAGUGGGAGUGCGCCCAUGAUCACCUGCCGAGUCUGCCAGUCACUCAUUAAUGUGGAAGGCAAGAUGCAUCAGCAUGUCGUCAAAUGUGGCGUCUGCAAUGAAGCCACUCCAAUCAAGAAUGCACCCCCAGGGAAAAAAUAUGUUCGAUGCCCCUGUAACUGUCUCCUUAUAUGCAAAGUGACUUCCCAACGGAUUGCCUGCCCUCGGCCCUACUGCAAAAGAAUCAUCAAUCUGGGACCUGUUCAUCCAGGCCCGCUGAGUCCAGAUCCACAACCCAUCGGAGUCCGAGUUAUCUGUGGACAUUGCAAAAAUACUUUCUUGUGGACAGAGUUCACAGACAGAACCUUGGCUCGUUGCCCUCACUGCAGAAAAGUGUCUUCUAUUGGGCGCAGAUACCCACGAAAGAGAUGUAUCUGCUGCUUCUUGCUGGGCUUACUCUUGGCAGUCACUGCCACUGGCCUUGCUUUUGGCACAUGGAAGCAUGCUAUGCAAUAUGGAGGCAUCUAUGCAGCCUGGGCAUUUGUCAUCCUGUUGGCUGUGCUGUGUUUGGGCCGGGCCCUCUAUUGGGCCUGUAUGAAGGUCAGCCAUCCUGUCCAGAACUACUCCUGAGCCCCAUGAAGACUCACAGACAGUGCCUGGCCUCUUCCUGGUGGGGACCGUGACUAUAAAGGGAUCCCUGGUGAAAGUUUCCCUGGGCUUCUCUAAGGGGAGCAAGCAGCUACCUGCCUUUUCCCUGGGAGAGGUGGGAAGGCACCAGGCCCUCUUGUAGGUUUGGGAAGGUAGAAAAGACCACCCUCUGCUUUCCUCCAAGGGUUGCUGUGUUUAGGGUAAAAAUAGGUGGAGUGUUGCCCCUAAACAUGGAUGCUGAAAAGACGGUUCUAGACUUGUCCUUCCUGUAUGCUCCCUGAGCCAUUCCUGUCCCUUACACAUUCCAGGGCAUGGUGGGGGUGGGCAGCCCUGGGGGUUUCCCUCCCUCUUGUGCACCAUUAGGACCUUGCUGCUGCUAUUGCACUUCUUGGGGGGCUGGCUCUGGUGUUGGUACCCCCGAUAUCCUCUCCCCCAUUCUGUGUCCUGUGGGGGUGGGGGUCAGCUGCUGCUCUGUACAGAACCACAGGAACUUACAUGUAUAUAAUUAUUUAAUGUGGGGUAUGUUCCCCAACUCCCAUACUUCCCUGAAUUCCUCCUUCCAACACCCCAGUUGAUGGAUUUAACUGGACUGAGUUCUGGGGUGAGGGAUGUAAGGACUUCCCUAUGCUUGUAAAUAAAUAAGGUUAUGACUCUA